AUGUCUACCACCACCAACAAGGCCGAACAAGCCGUCUCUUACGCCGCCUUGAUCCUCGCCGACGAAGGCAUCGCCAUCACCCCCGAGAAGCUGCAAGCACUACUCAAAGCCGCCGGCAUCGAGGACGUCGAGCCUAUCUGGACCACGCUCUUCAGCAACGCUUUCAAGGACAAGAACGUCAAGGAUAUCAUCCUCACCGCGACCACGGCCACAUCAUCCGGUCGUGGUACCGCUUCCGACAUCAAGGACGAUGGAAAGACAACUGGGGAGGAUGACAACGAUGAGAAGGACGGAGAGGAAGGUAUCGAUAUCGACGCGGACUCGGAUGAUGGGUCUGCAUUUGGGGAUUUGUUCGGCUAA